UCGCGCUACAAGAAACAUGGAGCUCUUUUGCAACUUUUCUUUCUCAACAGGAGAGGUACGUAAUGUGACCAUUUCCGGCCCCUCUAAUGCCAAAGAAAACGAUAGUGUCACUUUGAACUGCAGUGCUGCUGGCACCAAUGUUUCAUAUUACUGGCUGAAGGGAAGCCAGCUGAUUGAAGGAGGAGGUCAUAUCUCUUUAGACAACAACAACCAGAGGCUCAUUCUCAACCCAGUCACCAGGAAUGAUGAGGCCAACUACACCUGCUUUGGGAACAACAGCUUCUCUGAAAGUUCCAGUGAGCCACAUUGGCUGCAAAUCUUCUACGGGCCCGACAUCCCCACAAUCGACCCUCAGGAGCCAGUUUACAUAGAGGACUUCCCCCUUAACCUCUCGUGUUCUGCCAACUCCAACCCACCUGCCCAUUAUUCUUGGUAUCAUAAUGAGAAACUUCUGGAAGCUCAGAACGAGUCCCAACUCCUGAUCUCGCAUCUUUCUCUAAAUGAUGCUGGCAAUUAUACUUGUAAUGCCACCAAUGAUGCCACCGGCCUUUUCAGCCACACCAGCCUGGAGAUCAGCGUCCUGGGUGAGUAGCUUGAAGGCCAGGCUGCAUCCUAGGCUAACUUGCGCCUUCCUGUGGCUGAUAAGACUGUCCUUGCAGUCACUGCUUCAUCUGUACAAUGGGGACUUGAUUGUGCGAACUCUGUCUUGUGGCCAUUUUGGCUUCCAGGAUGCAUUCCUCGUAUUCUGUCACCUCACUGUCUCUUUAUAGUAUCCAUGAUGAUCACUCAAGUUCAGUUCCUGAAGUACCAUGAAGUUUCUCUUCUUCAGGUCAAAUCCAGUUCCUGGUCUUGGAGUCUCUCUGUCUUUUACCAUAUUUCUGGACUCACACUACUUUUUUCCUGUCAAUGAAAACUCCCAGAAAACAAACAAAAAAUGCGCCUCUCUCAUCUCCCUCUAUCCAUUGUUGCCUCAGUCCUCACUUUUCCUCAUGGUGUGUUGCACAUUCCAAGUCACAAACUCUCAGUCAAUGGACCAUUUCUGUUCCUUGUAUGCACUCAACCUUUUCAGGGUUCCAAAGUUUUGUUAGAUGUAUUCCAACUUUCUCUGGUAUUAACUGGAAGGUUUCACCUGUCACUAAGUCUUUAUAUUUCCUUUAUAAUAACAAAGCUAAUUUUCAUUUCACUGUCUUUUCAAGCUGGUUUUUUUUGGGGGGGUUAGAAUAUAGCUGUGAUGUUUGGCCACAAAAUCUCCGUCCUUUGUGAAGUGCUUUCUUCUGUCUUAAAUGUUGUCGAGGAAGCAAACUGUAGACUGGUAGUACAAGACACUCCCGGCGUUGAUUUUUCCAAUGGUCUCCUCUUUGUCUGUCUGGGCUCAGUGCCGGUUUCUCUCAAUAUUGCUCCUUUUCCAAAUUGAUCGAAAUCCAGGGCUGUUGCUCUACAAGAAAUAUGGAGCCCUUUUGCAACUUUUCUU